AURGGGUUGCACAACUUUCGAGUAACCAAUGCCUACUACGGAUGGGUUGGAACUGAGUUCAACGCAAAAUACAAAUGUGCUUUUUUUCUGGCUACAUUGUUUCACACGUAUAGGAGGAUCCCUGAAUUMAAUGGUUACUGUAUAUUCUUAAUAGUAACAUUAUGGCUCUAUCMCAAUGUUUGGACGAUUCACCUGGAAGGUGGCCGUCAACAAGGCAGGGAAAUUAUUUGAAUGUACAGGAGUUGUACAACGAAAAGCACCGAUUAGCGUUAGAGGAGCUUAUUUCAGGUGGAGUUAAUUCCUUUCUGGAUUUUCUAAGAAAAGAACAAAUUCCGAACUUUCUCUCAGAUGACGAGAUCAAACAGAUUGGCCGUGCUGCGGUGGUCCCACGCUGUGCGUCCCUCCAGGGGGYAAACGUGAUCAUUGAGCAGUCGGUAAGUAGCUCCAUGGACUGCUCCUCGGUGACUUACUUUCCCGAGGUCUCAGACGUGGAGCCACCGCUGUUGGAAAUCGGCUGGCCCGCCUUUACAUCGGGCUCUUACCGAGGAGUCACUCGUGCUGUCGCACACUUCCAACCCAGCUAUGGGGAAUGCAUCUAUAGUUGUAAGGAAGCUGCGAGAAGAAUGAUAAAAAGUGCCACGGAGGUGAUUGCCAUAGUGACAGACUCUCUGACAGACCUGGACAUAUUCAAGGAUCUUCAGGAGGCGUGCACGCAGCACCGAGUUCCAGUUUACAUCCUGCUGGAACACUCAUGUGUGCCCGCAUUCCUCAAAAUGUGCAACAACAUCAAUGUGCGCCUGGACGAGCUUCAGCAAAUGCGAGUGAGGACCAUAACUGGUGGUACGUACUUCAUGAGAUCAGGGGCCAAGAUUACUGGAAAGGUUCAUGAACGGUUCAUGUUGAUUGAUGGGAACAGAGUGGCUACAGGCUCCUACAGGUUCAAUUGGACUGAUGGGAAACUAAACAGCAGCAACCUGAUUGAGUUGUCUGGCCAGAUCACUGAGAACUUUGAUGAGGAGUUCCGCAUCCUGUAUGCCCAGUCCAUGCCUGUUAUUACCAGGGGCCCAGCCAGUGCCCGAAUCAGUGGCAUCUACGACCACCUGCUCAUCAAACUCCCUGUCACGUCAUCCCCUCAGCCYGCCAGAGAAAGGCCCCCAGUCGAGCCUGUCUGUCUGGAAGUAUUGGGGGAAAUUGUCUGUCUGACCAGCACACCCAGCCGGGCCCAGGCUGUGGCAGUGCUGCCCCACAGAGAGGAGACUGGUAAGAGCAGCCCGGUCUCGGACUCCUCCACCAUAGGGGAAGACUGGAUGGAGCAGCAUCACAUGCAGGAGAUCCUGUCUGGAAGUGCUGCCCAGUGCCUGCCUACAGGUGACCCRGCCACUGUCACAGCAGCAGUGGAUGUGCUGGUCACACCCCUCGUCACUCCUUGUCAUGUCUCCACCCAGACCAGCUGCCCCACGGUGGACAGUGGAGUGCAGACAGAUCUGACUCAGUACACUAACCGCCUCUCCCCCAACAAGGCUACAGUUACCCACUUUACCACCACCAAUAACCAGACCGACAACAUCCAGAAUGAAGCUGCCUCCUCAGAUUCCAUCUCUACCUCCCCCAGGCAGCACCUCGCCCCCCAUGGGGUGAACCAUUGCCCUGCAAUCCGUCACUGUACCUCGCCCCCCGAUGGGAACCUGAGGGAGUGCUUCCACAAGCUGACCAAAGAGCGUCAGUAUCACUACUCCAACAUCCGCUCCAAGCUGGAGCACAUGGGGACCAUGCUGUCCCACCGCCGUGAGCUGGUAGACCUCACCAACYUGGCCCCGGGGCUCGGGCUGCAUAGAGCAUGCAAGUCCCAGAAAGAGUGGAAACAGAGGCAGGGGCAUAACCCUGGCCUGCUGAUGGACAGUGUGGGCAUGGACACUUGGCCAAGGGCCAGAUGUCUACAAUAAAAUAACUUAUUGGGCUGCAGGGCCUUGGAGAUUAUGGGUGURGUGGAAAGGGUUCUGUGUUUCGUAGGUAUACACUACCUGAAACAAAUGGGUUUAAAGGGCAAUAUGAAAUAUUUUGAGGAUUAUUCUUCCUUAGUCUUAAGAUUUUGAAAGUACACUACAUGGCCAAACUGAUGUGGACACCCCUUCAAAUUGGUGGAUUCGGCUAUUUCAGCC